ACAAGUUAAAAGAUUCCACUAAUUUCAUUGGUAAAAAGAAACCAAUGGAAACGUUCAUUUUGAAGGCUCCAAUAACAUUUGCCGUUAUCAACAUCUGUUCACAACUUUUGACAGCUGGGAGCAUUGUCCAAUUAGAAUUAAUAACGAGUCAUACAUUCGAAAACAUCUUAUUGAUGAAAGUAACUUUUCGUUUUUAAACAAAAAUUGCAUCAGUUUUCGGCUAAUAAUAAAUUAUCUUAUAUUUGUGCUGCUGCAUUAGCUAAUUCUAAAUUAAUUUUUUUUUUAUUAUUUUUUGUUAAUAGGAUUUGAUAGUUUUUCUUUCUGAAGUUUUUUUGAAUUCGAACACUUCUUCGACGAAGUCAAGGUUUCAAAACGCCUUGCAAACGUUUUCAAAAACCAACAUGUGAAAGGUGGAACAAUGACGUUAAUGAAAAUCUCAUUAGAUUUUGCUUUGUCAAUAAGUUUCUAUAGCAGAGGUUUCAUAUUUUACUUUACUGUAAGGUUUCAUAGUGCACAGCGAACACAUCAAAAUAAAAUACAUUAGGUGUUUAAUUGAAGAAAUAAGAGUAAUAGUUGUUGAAAAUGGAUCCUGGAAUCCUUUGUUUCCACCAUUGUGAUCACAAAGUAUUUUGUACAAUUAUCCCAGAACAGUGCCCAGUGUGUAAACAAAAUUUGGAUAGAUAUGACUACAAUCUAUUGCCUUUCAGGGUACCUUAUCCUUUUGUGAAAGCGUCCCAGCAUCCUCGUGCAAUUGUAAUGAAACCUACACACGGUGACUUUUUAAACGAUUAUUACAAUUCCAAAGACUUGCAUAUAGGCGUGACCAAUUCCCAUGGUUGUGUAGUAGAGUUUAGUGAAAAAGGAAUACGAGGGGUUGAUAACGCUGUGAAACAAUGGAGUGAUUUUGACACGAGUGCUGAUUGGGACCAAUGUCUUCUAUUGGAACAAUUUGAUGAACUUUGGAAUGAAAUAUGGGACAGUGUUCUUUUAAAGGUGAGUCUGAGUCCAUUCUGGCAGGCAGACAAAUAUAAUGAAGAGAGACACAACUGCUUCACCUUUGUGUUAACAUUCCUGAGAGCUCUUGACUGCGGGGAGCUUUCAGAGAAAGCCCAUGACCCCAAACUCUUCUGUAAGCAGUAUGUGGUGCCAAGAACAUCAGCGGCUGGAAAGUAUAUUUCGUUAUAUAGACAGCUUAAGAGGCAGAAUUAUUUCAUACAGAACCAAUGAUAGCCUAUGAGUAUCUUUUAAUCUAUGUAUUUAUUUAGCACAUAUUCAGUAUUAACUGUGAUGUUUUUAUAUUUAGAUAUAAGAUUUGUUAAAUUAAAACGCAUUUACUGUAGACCAAACGAAUUUUUUCUUUAUUUAAAUCAUUUAAUAGUAAUGAUUUAUUUUUGUUCUUUUUGCUUGGAAAAAAGAUCUCAAAUGCGAGAAUGUUAUUUGGAAUUGAUUACAGGUGUUAAUUUAAGAAAAUGUAUUCUAUAUGUUAUCAGUUCAGUCAAGUAUUUUAGAAAGGAUUUGAAAAUUUUUCAUCUGGGAUUUAAACAGAUGUCAGUAAAGGAGUGGGCUCAGCUUGUUUUUUAAAAAUCUUAAAUAUUUAUAAUUUUCAAGGGUCUCAGACUAUUUAUAUACAUGAUUAAUUUAUUUAUUUAUCUCAUCAGUGUUCAAUAGAAUUAAUGUCUUGCCAGUUAUGCUGUAGUCAUAGAUACUAUUAAUAUAUAAUAAAAACUUAUUUGUAAAGGAAAAUGAUUCUUCACUCAAACACAAUAACUAACUGGGAUUAACAUAUCUUAAACUUUUGUACUUUUUUAGUGAAUAUCUAAAUUGUAGUUAAUAAUAGUUAAUGUUCAAUUAGCCAUUCUAUAUAUUUACAUGUGGUUCAUUGAAAACAAUGUGUCAUUCUUCUAAGUGACGUGCUAGUAUUGCUGUGUUUCUUACUAACAGAUUGAGUCUGAAUUGGGUUGAAUUUCUCGGUGAUGAAAAAACAUGUGAAGAAUUGGAGCUAAAUAAUUAAUAUUGUAUUUAAUGAAUUUGGUUUUUGAAAUGAUAAAAUCAUGUGUUUGUAAUUUAUAGCUUUUGAAAUGUGGUGUAAUAAUUUCCUUGAAAUGCUAUCACAGUAUAGGUACAUACUAAAUGUCACCAAUGUAAUGUGUAAUUGCUUCCUUUUUUAGACUUUUUUUUUACAGGUCAUAAUUUAUUUAAACUUCAAAUAAUUAAAUUAUGAUCAGCUUUUUAUGUAGUAUAUGCUCUAGUACUAUUCUCUGUUAAAAACUAUUCACAUGACAUUCAAAAAUUUAAGUACUAGCUUUACUGAAAUUUUGUAAGGUGGCACUAUUGUAUUUACAACUGUUCCCAAACAAUCUUUUACCUAAACAGCAGCAGCUUGCCCUGGUAGCUGGUUUUGCCGAUAUCCAUAAGCAACAGUGACCAUGACCAUGAUGGUUUUGGAAAGUUCUUGUUUGUUUCUUCUAAGUAUACUGAUGCAUUCAGAUUGUGAUUUCCAGGGACACCACUUAAUGCGGGCUAAGAAAGAUUGAUACAUUUCUAUCUUUAAAAAAAUAAUCUGAUAAUAAGUAUAAAAUGUUAUUAUGAAGCAAUAUGUUCAAAUUUAAAUAUCUGAAAAUAAUUGUCCUGACUUAAUAGUGGAUAUGUUAUGUAUAAUUAUAUUAUCACUGUAGUAAUUUCAAUAUUAAUCUUAUGCCGACUAAUUGAGACUAUGGCGUGAAUGUCAAUGUGAAUAGAAUUCAGUGUUAGAAUUGCUUCAUUGUGAAUUGUUUGACCUUUACUCCUGCGCCAUUCCAAAACUUUAUGUAUUGGCCUCUCUAAUAAUAUUACCUACUUACCUUGCGGUCUUCAGUAUCUAUUGCUUAAUAUUACACCAUUAAGGAACUAAAGGAGUUGUGUUUGAAAUGUUGAAAAGCCAGUAUCUAUAGUUUGUUUAUAUCCUCAACAUUACAUUUUGCAGAAAUAAAUUGAUGACACAUCAAGUUUUGCAACAUUUAAUAUCGUCUCACUAUAGAUACGAGCAUCGGUUCCUAUUCUUAAAACUGAGACUUCAACUUUAAGAACAUUAGAAAUGGAUCUCGAAGACAUUUUUAGGUGCUAUGUGUCUAAAUAAAGUAUUUGUUAACAUGAAAA